CGCGUGCACAGCACUGUAGUAAGCGCCCUGGAGACGACCCACCCCACCAUUGGCGGGGCCAGGCGUCUCCUCAGGCUGUGAUUUGAACCCAGGACCUCGAGGACCGGUCCUUCUCCGGCCCCAUCACCCCCGAUGGAGCGGUGCCAGGAGGUGAGGGCCCUGCUCAAGGCCUGGGAAGUCGCCUUCCUGCGGGAGCACAAAAGGAAACCCAACAAGGUUGACGUGGAGGCAGCCCCGGACGAGACGAAGGAGCUUUAUCGGGAAUACCGACUGCUAAAGCGAACUCCGAAGCCAACAGCCCUCGCUGAGGCCGGCGACCCCGAACAACCGAGCCCCGCUUUGGAGCAGGAAAACAAGGCGUCGGAGCCAGGCUGCUGGGGUGCCCACCUGAACCGGAAUGCGGUUGGAAUCCCUCAGCCCGCCCCCCGGGCCGCCCCCCAGGGCUCUGCCCACUAUUUUGGAAGGAAACUCAAAGCCAACCUGAAAGCAGUUAUCCAGGAAGGAUCCCUCUCCACCCGGACUCCUCGGCUUCCACGCGGGCGGGCGCAGGAGCAGCCGAGGGCGUUUUCCGUCCACGGAUUGGGCCCGGUGACGCCUCCGGCCCCGGUAGAAAGAGCGGCCGGCCCCACUGAAGAAGAUGCCAUCAGCCUCCGGCCACCCUCCCCUCUCGGGCGGACCGAGGCCGGGCCUCCCGGCGAGGUCGGACCGAACCCCCGGCCCGGCCGGCUCCGGCAGCUGCGGCGUUCCCUAAACCGCCGGUUGAGUUCUCUCGAUCCCGGCUGGCUGGAGCGGUGUCAGAACGGGACCGGGGAGAGGAGGCUGGGGAGAGAGGCCCCCCCAAGCCCCCGAACUAGGCCUGAGGGCCCUUCCCCGCCAGGCGGGGAGACCCCCGGGUCCCGCGAUUUGGCUGAAAAGCCGCCCCGACCUGCCCCCGAGGCCCCGGGAGCCGGUCCCAUCGCUAGCGAGGCGGAGACGGUGCCACCGUGUACCGGCCCCGGGGAAGGAGAAGCGUCUUCCGUGCUCCAAGGCAGGUGUAGGCCAAGGCCUCCCGCGGCCAAGAAGAGACAGAGAGAGAGUGGAGAGGAAGAGGAGGCCGCAGCUCCAAAGCGACACAGGAAGAGUCCGGGGAGCCGGGACCGGCGAGCCUCCGACCGCAGCGGGCGGCGCGGCAAGAAGCCCGUCCAGAUGGCAGCCCCGGAGGCGGAGGAAGACCUCCUGGGAGAGGUUGCGGGGGAGAAUGCCCCCCGGCCCCUCGCCAGGGUUGGCACCCCCAGGGCAGCCCCCAAGGCGAGCGGUAAUUUCGUCCGGCUCAACAUGAAGAAGAAGCGUUACGUGAAGGGCAACGCACUGAGGGGCAACCUCCUCCGCAAGCAGGUGUGGAAGCAGAAGUGGCAGAAGAAAGGCCAGCAGUUCGGGGGAGGAGGCUCGCCCAGCGGCCGCGGAAACGACGACGCCUGCUUCCGCUGUGGGGAACGGGGACACUGGGCCGCUCGGUGCCGGCGGAGAGGACCCCCCUCGCACCAGCUGCCUGAGCAGGAGGGUUGUCUUGCCCAGGAAGAGCCCCCGUUGCCCACCCUGGAGGAGGUGGCCCAGAGGACCAGCACGGCAUAUCGCAAGAUCCCUGCGGGUGACGAGGGGACCGGGCUGACGGGGUCGGAACUGCUGGUGCCCACAGAUCGCCCGCCUUACGUCGCUCCCACCCCACCCCCGGCCAUGAAGCCGCUCUAUGGCCUGGGUCCCUCCGGGCAGGUGAAAGAAACCCCGGCCGAGGUGUUCGAAGCCCUGUCGCAGCUCGGCCACCGAAACUUCCGUCCCGGACAAGAGGCCGCCAUCAUGCGCGUCCUCUCUGGCCUCUCCACGCUGGUGGUGCUGCCCACGGGCACGGGGAAGUCCCUGUGCUACCAGCUGCCGGCCCUGCUGUAUGCCCGGCGCAGCCCCUGUGUCACUCUGGUUGUGUCUCCGCUCGUCUCACUCAUGGACGACCAGGUGUCGGGGUUACCUCCCGGGCUGAGAGCCGCCUGCGUCCACUCCAACAUGUCCAAGAAGCAGAGGGAUUUGGCCAUGGAGAAGGUGAAAGCCGGGCAGGUCGAGGUGCUGCUGCUGUCCCCCGAAGCCGUGGUCGGGGCCGGGGCGGGGGGCACCAGCUGCCUCCCCGCCGCGGCCCAGAUGCCCCCCUUGGCCUUCGCCUGCGUCGACGAGGCUCACUGCCUCUCCCGGUGGUCCCACAACUUUCGACCCUGCUACCUGAGGCUCUGCAAGGUGCUGCGUGAGCGCCUUGGGGUGCGCUGCUUCCUGGGCCUCACAGCCACAGCCACCAGGGCCACGGCCAGGGACGUGGCCCGGCACCUGGGAACCCCGCAGGGGCCGCAGGCGGGCGGGCACCUGGCCGCCGCCGCCGCCGCCGUCCCCCCAAACCUGCACCUCUCCGUUUCCACGGACAGAGACAAGGAUCAGGCCCUGGUGACUCUGCUGAAGGGAGAGAGGUUCAGGUCUCUGGCCUCCAUCAUCGUGUACUGCAACCGCCGCGAGGAGACGGUUCGCGUGGCCGCGCUGAUCCGGACCUGCUUGCAGGGGGUCCCGGGACCCCCCGAGGGUGAGGAGGCGGUGGCGGAGGCCUACCACGCCGGCCUGCCGGGGCCCGAACGCCGCCGGGUGCAGCGAGCCUUCAUGCGGGGCCGGCUGAGGGUCGUGGUGGCCACGGCGGCCUUCGGGAUGGGGCUGGACCGGCCGGACGUGCGGGCCGUGCUGCACCACGGCCUGCCCCGCAGCUUCGAGAGCUUCGUGCAGGAGAUCGGGCGGGCCGGGCGCGACGGGCAGCCCGCCCACUGCCACCUCUUCCUGCAGCCCCAGGGCGGGGACUUGAAUGAGCUCCGCAGGCACAUCUACGCCGACACUGUGGACUAUUUCACCAUCAAGAAGCUGAUCCAGAAGGUGUUUCCCCGCUGUACCUGCCCCCAGCUCCUGAAGCAGAAGAAGCAGGAAGCGUUGGACGCCGAGGUGACCGAUGGAGAGUUGCUGGCAGGGUUGGAAGCCCUGGAUCCUGCUCAGGAGAAGCUGGCGUUGCCAGGAGACAAGGGCGCGGAGGAAGAGGAGACGGAAAACCUGAGUUCCGGAGGGAAGGGACUCGAGACGGCCGACCGCAAGCCCGAGGCGUCGGGGCUCGGAGGGAUUCGGAGGGUCUGCCCCGGGCACGAGAGGGCCUUCUCUGUGCAGCUGUCGGUGGAAGACCUGGACAUGCGGGAAGAGGCCAUCGAGACGCUGCUGUGUUACCUCGAGCUGCAUCCCCGCCGAUGGUUAGAGCUGCUGCCCCCCACCUUGGCGACGUGCCACCUGCGCUGCUCCGGGGGCCCCCCUCAGCUCCGAUCCCUGGCCAGGAGCUGCCCUGCGGUGGCGGCCUGCCUGGCCCGCCAGCGGACCGGAGAACCGCUUGGUGACUCGGUGGAGUUCGACGUGGUGGAGCUGGCGGAUGCCAUGGGCUGGGACGUGGCGCCGCUGAGACGGGAGCUGCGCCGGCUUCAGUGGGGACCGACUCCUGAGAAGGGCGGCUGCGGGCGGACGGGAGUGCUGGUGGAGUUCGGGGACCUGGCUUUCCACCUGCGGGCCCCCGGGGACCUGACGGCCAGCGAGCGGGACGAGAUCUGCGACUUCCUCCACCAUCGGGUGCGGGUUCGAGAACAGGCGGCCCUGGCCCAGCUCCGCCGCAGCUUCCGGGCUUUCCAGAGUGUGGCCUUUCCGAACUGCGGCCCCUGCGCGGAACGUGUUGAUGAGGAAAGGAGCGAUCGGCUCAAGGCCCUGCUCACCCGCUACUUCGAGGACGAGGAGGAAGAGGCGACUCUGGAUCAGGCUCCGACGGAGGACGACGACCCGCACCUCGGCCAGGCCAGGCUGCAGGAUUGGGAGGACCAGAUCCGCUCGGACGUUCGCCAGUUCCUCUCCAUUCGGCCGGAAGAGAAGUUUUCGGGCCGGGCCGUUGCCCGGAUCUUCCACGGUAUAGGGAGCCCCCGUUACCCGGCUCAGGUUUACGGACGGGACCGGCGCUUUUGGAGGAAGUACCUGCACGUGGACUUCCACCAGCUCAUCCGCCUGGCCACGGAGGAGAUCCUGCGCUGGAAGUAAGCCAGGCCGGGGUUUCGGGGACGGCGAGAGCCACCGGGACGGUCGGGAGGCGGCACCCCCCGACGCCGGACGGGACCUCGGUUCCUAGGAGAAAGCAGACCGCGAACCUUCAUCGCGGGGUGCUCGCUGAGGAGCACCAGUCAAACCCGCCUCGAGCUGGGGCUCGGUGAGCGGGAAGAGAGCACCCGUGGCCCGGCCGGGACGUGGGAGGGCUCAAGGAGUUGAAAGCAAUCUCUUGGACAGGAAUCAGCUGCCUUUCCAGCCCCUGGGGUGGUUGUUUCGGAGCCGUCUGAAAUGUCCGGCCGCCCUCACACCAACACAAAGGAUGGGGUGUGCGCGUAAAAUAAAACGGAACUUUCUUUUUUCA